AACACAACCGGUGAGUCGCUCAGUUACUUCCUGGACUCUGCACACGAUCUCUCCGCACCAUCAUCCCGACAUUUUCGAAAGCGCCGACAGCGCCCAAUCAGCACAAAUUCCCACAUCUCGAAAACAGCCCACCACCACCCGCCACGAUCAUCGCACAUCACGACCACCAUCAGAAAGGACAUGAACUGA